AUGAACAGCCCCGUAUCUUGCGGGCCCCGGGCAAAUCGUAGUGCGCUUUUUGACAACCGGCCGGACAAUGUAGUGGGAGGCGGCGUGGGGGACGAAGAAGCGGAAGCUCGUGGAAGAGGGUCCCCUUCUGCCCACAACGCUACAGGGCGUGCAGACCUCCACAAGAACGACGAGGGGGAGAAAUCUGCAUUGCCAGACGAGGAGAUGGUCGACGCGCCGGACGCUGUUGUUGUAGCUUUCCCCAACGUGGCUUCGAAGACCCAGCAACCGUUGGUGUCGGCUGUGAAUGCAGAGGGCUACAGCAUCAUUUCCAAGGGCGAGCUGGUGAUGCACUUUCUACCUGAGGGUUGGGUUGGCACGGUGGUUCUGAAGCCGACGUCUACAGACGAGCCGGUUCGACUGUCGCCGUCGAUGGACCUGGAUGGGGAGUACACAUGGUCACUUCAGGCUGGAGAAUACUUGAUGGAGGCGCAGGAGAAGAGAGCGGCGUUUCAGGGCCAGAUGAGCGGCGGGGUUCGAGCAAGCAUCAGCAGCGGUGGCCUCGGUGUGAGGAGCUCGGUCAGCUGCGGUGGAGGACGCGCCGUGAGGAGCGCCAUGAGCUUUGGGGGAAGAGGACGCGACGGGCGUACUACCCUGAGCAGGUUUCAUUCGGCCGCGACUUCGUUUGGGCCGACGGUGACGCCGAGGCAAACGGGAAUGCCGCCCCGCAGCGCCUCACUUGGAGGGGGGGGCGAGUGGAGGGGUUGCAAAGAAGGAGGAGAGGAAGCGAUGGGAGGGGAUGGCAGGGUUGAAAGAGAAGCGGAGCCGAGGAAGAGAGCGGUAGACAAAGAGGCUUUGAAGGAGAUGAAAGAGGCCUGGAAGGGUGUUGAGGGGGAGUCCUCGAAGGGGGAGGGUGAGGAGAAGCAUAACAGCGGAGAGAAGAGCGUGUCAAGGAGCGGAGGGACGGGGAGCGUGGUAGAUGCGGUGUUGUUGAGCCCGAAGGUGAAGCAGACGAGUAGGCUUUGGCAGCUGCUGCAGAGCGUGGAGCCGGAAAGGGUGGAAGGGUUACACGGACCGGUAGAUGGAGACAAGGUGUUGUUGAUGGCGGAGGAAGCGUACACGAGUAGGGGUGGGGGAGAUGCGAGUUACUGGAUAGCGGGAAAGACGACAAGUAUGGCAACGCUGUUUGGGGCAAAAGUAAGGAGUUGGAAGUGCGCAGGGGGGAAGAAAUGCGUGAAUGAGGAGUGCACAUACAAGGCGCAGUUCGGGGAGCAGAACGUGAAGUCGUUUGAGAGGAGACAAGGGAACGAGGAGAAGUGGUAUUGUUUUCAUUGCAAGAAGGAGGCGGAAGAUCUGGGGGAGAAGUGCGAAGUGUUGAAGUGGACGACCAAGAACGAUGGAGAACUGGCGUACUGCCACAAGGGGAAGCACAACCAUGACCUGGCGAUGCUGGAGAGCAAGGGAGAAAAGGAUGCGUACCAGAUGCAAGUCAUGGAGAUGGUGCGAGCGGACAGGUCGAUGACGCCGGCGCGAGUGAAGAUGGCGAUGGCGGUUGAAGCGAUUUUGGACGAGAUGGAGGCGGGGAAGGAGAGAAGCGCAGAGGAUUCUCAGGCGUAA